AGACCUUCGCCGUAGUGGGAUUCGGGCAAACUCAAGUGCUGGAGACGGGGUGCGCCGUCACCGCGCUUUCUGCAUCGGGUUACGCCAUUCAUCCAGGGUCAUUCGGUUCACCGGGGUAACGAAAAUGAUGGCCACAUCACGGGCGCGCGCGCCUCCGUGUUCCUCAUGACCGACCGGCGGCAGCAGCAGCAUCUGCGUGCGGGUUUGGGUUUGUCUCUUUCCGGGCUGGCGUGGAACCGAUCGCACCGACCGUCUGGCGGAGCGUCUGCCAGGCUGAGUCACCACUGGAGUGUUUGAAGGGUCGUGAGAGAGAGAGAGAGAGAGAGUGAAAGUGAAGGAGGAGGCUGAGACGUUACAUCACAACGUGGAAGAGAAAGUGAGAGGAAGAGUGUGAGAGAACUGAGAGCAGAGCGAGGGAACAGGACAGAACCGCCAGCAGGAAGUCGCUCACUGGACUGACCCUUGAACUCUGACCUCGGAGCCAACAUGAACGACCAGAACGUAGUGAAAGAGGGAUGGGUGCAGAAAAGAGGUGAAUACAUUAAGAACUGGAGGCCGCGGUACUUCCUGUUAAAGACAGAUGGGUCGUUUAUUGGAUAUAAGGAGAAGCCACAAGAUGCCGAUCUGGCGUAUCCGCUCAACAACUUCUCUGUGGCCAAGUGUCAGCUGAUGAAGACGGAGAGACCGAAGCCAAACACCUUCAUCAUCAGGUGUCUGCAGUGGACCACUGUGAUCGAGCGCACGUUUCACGUGGACACCCCUGACGAGAGGGAUGAGUGGGUCGAGGCCAUUCAGAUGGUGGCAGACAAGCUGGCCAAACAGGAAGAGGAAGGAAUCCUGUGUAGCCCCAUCUCUCAGAUCGAAAACGUCAACGAGGAAGAGAUGGACACGUCGACCAGUCAUCACAAACGAAAGACAAUGAAUGACUUUGACUAUCUGAAGCUGCUGGGUAAAGGCACAUUUGGGAAGGUGAUUCUGGUGCGGGAGAAAGCCAGCGGCACAUAUUAUGCAAUGAAGAUCCUGAAAAAGGAGGUUAUUGUUGCUAAGGAUGAAGUUGCUCACACGCUCACCGAGAGCAGAGUUCUGAAGAACACUAGGCAUCCCUUUCUAACUUCACUGAAGUACUCAUUUCAGACGAAAGAUCGUUUAUGUUUUGUUAUGGAGUACGUGAAUGGAGGAGAGCUGUUUUUUCAUUUGUCGAGAGAGCGUGUAUUUUCGGAGGAUAGAACCCGCUUCUACGGCGCUGAGAUCGUUUCUGCGUUGGAUUACUUGCACUCUGCGAAGAUUGUUUACCGUGACCUGAAGCUGGAAAACCUGAUGUUGGAUAAGGACGGUCACAUAAAGAUCACUGAUUUCGGCCUGUGUAAGGAGGGCAUCACAGACACGGCCACCAUGAAAACAUUCUGCGGGACCCCGGAGUAUCUGGCCCCUGAGGUAUUGGAGGACAAUGAUUACGGUAGAGCAGUGGACUGGUGGGGUCUGGGAGUCGUUAUGUAUGAGAUGAUGUGUGGACGCUUGCCCUUUUAUAAUCAGGACCAUGAGAAGCUGUUUGAACUGAUUCUGAUGGAGGAGAUCAAGUUUCCCAGAACCCUCUCUGCAGACGCCAAGUCUUUACUGUCUGGAUUACUCAUUAAAGACCCCAAUAAGAGGCUCGGAGGAGGUCCGGAUGAUGCGAAGGAAAUCAUGAGACACAGUUUCUUCACUGCAGUGGACUGGCAGGACGUCUAUGACAAAAAGCUGGUCCCGCCGUUCAUGCCGCAGGUCUCGUCUGAGACGGACACCAGGUAUUUCGACGAGGAGUUCACGGCGCAGACCAUCACCAUCACCCCUCCGGAGAAGUACGACGAGGACGGGAUGGACUCGGCUGAUAGCGAACGGAGACCACAUUUCCCACAAUUCUCGUAUUCGGCCAGCGGGCGGGAGUGAUGUCAUCAAAUAACACCGUUUAAGGAGCCACCCUAGAAAGAGCCCCCUCUCUCUCUGUCUCCUCCGUUUAAUUACCGAUAGUCAUAGCGAGUCGUUUUUUUGUUGCUUUCUGUUCGUUUUUUUAUUUUUGUUUUGUGGGACUUAAAAGGGGGUUUGCACAGUUGGGUGAGACUUGAGCUGGUCGACCCACGUAAAAAGUCUUGUACACUUUCAGCUGCUUGUUUACAGAUCAUGGACAGUGUUUUUUGGGGAAUAUGAUCAGUAUUGUUGAAGACCUGGAGCGUUUUUUUUUUUGUUUGUUUGUUUUGUUUUGAACUCAUUUAAAAGAGCCGUUGUGGGGAACAAACCAAAAAUGUUGCCUUAUGUGUGUGGAACUCAUCCGACAGACAUAUAGUUAGACGCAGCAGCUGAUCUGUUCCUGUGAGGCUCACUAAUUUAAUUUUGUUCUUGCAUUUUUAACACACACACAUCCUCCGUCUGGGGUGUUGAAGAGGUUCAUUCCAUGUUUGUGUUUUCGGUAAAUAAUGAAAACAAGAAAAUGGGGAAAAAUGGACCUGAGUGUUGAUAUUUUCGUUUCUCUUUUAGAUUAAUCCUCACGCUCUGAUACGAAGGUUUUAGUUCAAAUACACAACCAUACAACAAACUGUCCUUACUGUAAAAGUCUCUCAGGCAAUUCAGAGCACAAGUGUGAAUCUCAUGAAACCUCCCAAGAACAUGCUUGAGUCAUAUUUCACGGCAAAACCAUAAAUAUUUAGAAAUUUUGCAUAUUUUUAGGAUCAUUGAGAUGUUUUGCAUUGCAGCAUUAUCUUCAAGAGUUUUCUCAGUUCUCUGAUGCAACAAAAGUCUCUUUCUCAUUACAGAAAAAUUUAAUGUCAUUAUUAGUUGUAGUAGUAGUAUUUUCAUAAACCGUUUAUAAUAAUAAUAUAUCAAAUGUUAUUUAAAUUUAUAUAACAUUCAAAUUUGUUUACAUUAAUCUACUAUAUUGGUUAACAUGAACUAACACAGAAAAACAAAUCAACAGCAUUUAUUAAUCUUAGUUCAUCUUAAUUUUAACAUGUACUAUUGCAUUGUUAAAAUUAAAAGUAGUAUUUGUUAACAUUAGUCAAUGCACUGUAACUAACGUGAACAACUAUCUUCAUGAACACUGAUAAAGAUUAUAAAAUGUUAUGUAAAAAAUUGCUCACUGUCAGUUCAUGUUAGUUUAUACAUUAAUGUUAAUCUUAUUGUGAAAUGUGCGGUAUAUGACUUGGAUCAUUCAAAUAAAUAUUUAGUAUUUUUAUUAAUUUAAUGAACAAAUCUGUAAUGUCCAUCAUGAAAAUCAUGAGCAAAUGAUGCUCAAGUGCUGCUAAGUAAAACAUUCAAAUUGAUGAAUUAGUAAUUAGAAUUUUUUUCCCCAUCAUGGAAAACGAAAAUUGAAUGACAUAAUUGUCUUAAAAAUCAUGUCACUGUUCAAAAAUCUAAAUGGUCCUACUUUUUAAAUCUAAAAUAUAAUUUCUUAUUUUUGUCCUGCUGAUUUUUGUUCUGAAGUAUGACCUGCAUGUGUUUUUCGUGAGAUUCACCCACAAAUCCAGCCACCGACGUGGUGAAACCUGCCCAGAUAUGACUCGAACCGCUUCGUCCUGAACGAGACGGCCCGCUUUAAACCUCCUCCGCUCUCCAAACCCCAGAAGCGUUCAGGACAGACGUGUGAAGGCUCACGAUGGGCGGCGUUUCACCUUCACUGUACAGAGCUACAGGUGUGUGUCUCCCUCAGCAGCACAGAGAGAGACCCCUCAACCACUGACCCUCACUUCUCACCUCACAGAGACAAAACCUAAUGUUGGACUGUUCCUGAAGAUGUAAAUACAAACCUCUCGCUCACCUUUUACCCGUAUUGUUACAUUACCAUUAUUAUUUCUUAUUUUUGGGCAUAAAGAAGUUAUGAUCCUGUCUCCAUAGCUGUGGAAAUCUUAUGGACGUGUGAUGUCUGCGUUUGGAAUCAAUACCAAGUCAGAUCACAGAUUCAUUAUAUGUGCAACUGAGCCAUGCAAUAGCAGUGUGAAUGACCUUUGACCUUUGACCCGUCCUGUCCCGGCCCUCCUGUGUGUGAUGUACAUAUGCAAUGCCUUCUGUUUGUUACGCGUCACAGCCUGAGACAAGUUAUCGUGUGUGACUAAAGUGAAAAAAGAGACCGAAUCAUUGGAGGAACGUGUAUCAUGUGUGUGUUUCCAUGGACUUGCUAUGGUUUCAAUCCCGUCCUGUUUGUACCUGAUCCACUGAACGUUUCGGAAGCUGCCGGUUCUUCAUAGCGAAUGAUAUGAGUGUGUGAGAUUGUUCAUUAAACUUUCGGUCAUUGUUUUCACGCUGUGAUUCAUUCGGUCGGCUGAUCCUCAGCAGGUUUUCUAAUAUUGUUCCGAUGAUUUAAUUUUUUUUUUUUUUUUUUUAGUUUGUUUCAGCGUAUUUUUGUACUAUAGAUGUAAUUUAGUUGUAUUUAUUUUCGUAUGUUGGGAUGAAGGACGCUGUCAGCCGCGUUUAUUAAGUGCUCUCUCUCCCUCAUUAUUUUUUAUACCUUUCCUUUAGUCGUUUGCCUGUUUUGUUUUCAUACCAAAACAUUAGAGCAGGUGCCCUGUAGAGGACUUGCAUUGCCAUUUGGUAGUAUUUAUUUUAAGUUAUAUUAAAAUGUUCAAAUUUCA